GCGCAGGCGCCGAGAGCCCCGUGCUUUCCGGAAGUAGGAGGAAUGGGAUCUAAACCUGAAAUCAGCUUUUUUUGGAUGAAGAUUCUGUAUGAUGAGAGGUAAAAUAACGAUAGAUGUUAAAAGAUUCAUGCAACUUAACUAUUUGGCGACUGGGACAAUUUAUUCCUCUUACAGUUUUGAAGGCUUUCAAUGUUUCUUACUGAAAUUCCCUACAUGUAUGUUUACAAUGAUCUGAUGAGUGAGCUUCAAGGCCAGGAUGCCACUGAGGAAUUGUAGAGACACAUGUUGCCAAGAGGUGGUUUGCUUUGCAGUAUUUUGCAGAAUUAUUACACUUCUGCUUCAGGCCCUUUUCAAUCUCCUGAUUCCCGAUCAUGCCGCAGAUGCCUUCUCUCCUCCCCGCCUGUCUGACCCUGGGUUCUGGGACCAAUUGCUGGAAUGGUUCCUGGGAGGCCUCUCCCAUUGGGAUGCAGAGCACUUCUUGUUCAUAGCUGAGCAUGGCUACGUAUAUGAGCACAACUGUGCCUUCUUCCCCCUUUUCCCCCUGACCCUAAAAGUGGUUGCAAACAUUAUCUUCUGGCCAUUCCAAGGCUUUCUCUGUUUCCGGAGCUGUCUGCUCCUAUCUGCAGUUCUCCUCAAUGCUGUUUUUUCUGUUCUAGCCUCUUGGACUCUGUAUGAGCUCAGCUGUGCAGUCCUGCGGUGCCGAAGGAGGGCUUUUCUGUCCGCCAUCCUCUUCUGCCUCACUCCAGCUAACAUCUUUAUGGCAGCAGCUUACUCAGAAAGCAUGUUUGCCUUCCUAGUGCUUGCUGCCUUGUGGAGGCUAGAGAAAGGGCAUCAUUGGGUUAGCCUUCUUCUCUUUUCGUUAGCCACCGGAGUACGUUCCAAUGGGCUAAUUAAUGCAGGAUUCCUCAUUUAUUCCCAGGCAAAACCCUUUGCUUUUAGCUUUCAAGCAAGUGAAAACGUGUCGUGGAAGAAAGGGCAGUUUCUAAAACUGGCUGCUGUUUUGGUGCUGAUGUCUGCCUCUGUGGCUUUACCUUUUGCUUUGUUUCAGUAUUACACCUACCUUAAGUUCUGCCAUCCCAAUAUUGGCCUGGGAUAUGCUAUUCCAAAGCCGCUGUUGCAGUUGGCUGAAUCCAAGGGGUAUCGUGUAGCAGCUUCAGAGGGUGGGAAGCCCCCAUGGUGCUCCUGGAACUUUCCUGUGCUCUACACCUAUAUACAAGAUACCUACUGGAAUGUCGGCUUCCUCCGAUACUUUGAACUCAAACAGAUCCCAAACUUUCUGCUAGCUUCUCCUGUUAUUGUGUUGGGCUCUUGGGCAAUCUGGUCGUAUGUCACUGCCAACCCCUGGCACUGUCUAACCCUUGGUCUGAUGAGAAGGAAGAGCGCAGGCAUGAAAGACCAUGACUCACACAAGCCAGCAGAGGGUUUUUGUUCUCCUGGUGUAUUAGUCUACGUGGUCCAUGCAGCAGCUCUGUUGGUGUUUGGGACCUUUUUCAUGCACGUCCAGGUUCUUACCAGGUUUCUGGGUUCAUCUUCUCCAGUCCUUUAUUGGUUCUGUGCUCAUCUUCUCUAUGACAAUGAACCUUUGCUGCAUGAUGGAGGUUCCCCAUCCAAGCAUAGAGAAUUCCUUGCUGAGAAACCCUCAGUGGAUAAUUUCUUUUCUACCUGCAGUAGACAUGAAAACCCCAUGUUGAUGCUUCUGAGCAAAUGGAAGCAGAGCACGAUUCUCACAAAAUGUAUUUUGGGAUAUGUACUUUUGUACUGGCUGCUGGGGUUGAUCCUUCACUGUAAUUUCUUUCCUUGGACAUAACCAUUUUGAAUCUACUGGCUGAACAGGCUGAACAUUUUUCACCGAUCCUAUCUUCUGUACACUUGGUAACAUUUGCUGCUAAUAAUUGAAGGUGCAGGAUUGGUUAUCUGAAAGUGGCAGUAAACUCAACCAGUGAAAGUAGCAAAAAUAUAACACCAGGUAGUAGAAUACUUACAUGCGACGUUGCAGUCAAAAAUAUCCUUUCUCAAAAUAAUCUAUCUAAUUUCAAAAAAAACAACCAAAAACCCUACCCCCUGCUUUUUUCUAUAUUUUCUUCUCUCCCAAGACCCAUUCUGUAACCUACCAAGGGCUGCUUUAAAAUAAAACCCUAACCCUCUAAAAAAUGUACUUUUGCAAAAUGUGGGUUUUACACAAGUCACUUACAAUCUCCCUUUUCAGUGGUGAUGUCUGUUAUUUGAUAUAUAGCAAAAAUCUGAAUUCAUAUCUUGACACUGUAGCGGAAAUUGGCUUUAGUCUCUCUGGAGGCAAGAGGUUGGUACAGGUAAUCUUCUGCUUACAACCACAGUGGGGACCAGAAUUUUGGUUGCUAAGUAAGGCAGUUGUUAAAUGAGUUGUGCCCAAUUUUAUACUCUUUUUUUUUUUGCCAUGAUUGUUAAAUAAUUUUAACAGUUAAGCAAAUCCAGCUUCCCACAUUGACUAUGUUUGUAGAGAGCCAGCUGGGAAGGUCACAGAUGACAAUCGUGACCCCAGGAUGCGGCAAUUGUCAUAAAUACGUGCUAGUUGCCAAGUGCCUGAAUUUUGAUCAGUGACCCUGGGAAUGCUGCGAUAAAUCUAAGUGCGAGGACUGGUUGUAAUUUUACUUUUUUCAAUGCCAUUGCAACUCCGAACAGUUGCUAAAAAAAAAGUUGUAAGUUGAAGACUACCCAUAUCAUUAUUUUAACCUUUAUCUAAAGUUUUUUUUCUUUUUGGGUGUAGUUCCACUGGUUCUUAGAAAUCAAUUUAGGUCAACAGAUUUUUAAGCUCUUCUUGCCUUAGCUGACAAGCUUUCAGGCAUAAAUUUUCAGAUCAACUUCAGUCUGGUUCUCAGCCUUGCAACACUGAUUUCUUUUUUUCAAUUUGGUAUGUCCCCACCUUUUACCUUCCUUCUGUCACAGUUCUAAAUUUCAUCAUUUUACUCUUGGGCGCUCUGGGGAUGUUGACAAGCUUUUUCUGCUUUUGACCAGAACAGGCUGUGAUGGGAAAGCCACAUUUUUUUAAUGGAGCAGACAUAAUCUAGAUAUGUUAAUGCACACUGCAGUUAAAAUCAAUAUCGAGCUCAGUGUGCUGUAUAUGAGCUUGCAUUUGAAAGCUAUUUAUACAUCUGAGCCAGCCUGAAACGGUAGCUAAUGCUACUGCAGAUCUUGUCAAGUGAACACAUGAAACUUUUGCAGGUGCCUGAGGACAGCUUCAGAACCAUCUCUAGGUAGUGCACACCAAUUUUAUAUUUGUAAAGAACUUGAGACUGUCUCCUUUGUGAACUUGCCUGCUUACUUAAGAUCAAGUACAGAAGUUCACUUAUCCAUCUUGCCAAUAUUUGAAGUAUGUUUGGUAGGAAUCGAGGGAAUAGCAUGCUAUGUACCUUUGCUAUGGAACUCCAUGUCCAAACUGGUUGACUUCACUUCUUUCAAUGAUUUUUCCCACUCUUUUGUGAAGAAGUGACAAUCUCUUCUUUCCAGCAAGUAUUUGAUCUGCUAGGCUAAAUGUUUUAUGAACUCUAUGGGAGAAUCAAUUGUGAAACACUGUUUAUUAUGUUUAGUGAUUAACAUUCCUUUAUUACUUUUAUUGCCCCAUUGUUUAACCAAAACUGUUGAAUAUUCUUAAACAGAAAGAUGGGGUAAAUAAGUACUACAGUAUACAUGAAAAGUAACCAGAGUUUGACUUUGUAUAUGGAUAAUCACUGCAGUUGUUGCUUUUAUAUAUCAGCAACAUGUAAAAUACAUAAGUUCCAACUUUUCUCAAAGACAAAAAUGGCAUAGAAUCCAUUUACACUUAAAUUCAAUCCCUGCUCACUACAGAAUUGAAAUUAAAGCAACCCUGACAGAU